CCUAUUUGCUCGACCGUGUCUGGAGCUGAACCGGAUUCACAGCCAUGGUUUGGUUAAACCAACCAUAAAAUCAUAUGCUUUUUCGUAAUAUACUUUUUAGAAAAAAUUAAAUUCGCCCGAAGACACUUCCUUCCCUUUUACUUCUAGACGAGACGAAGAUCUAACAUUUCCCUCACUCUAUUUAUUCCCUUAAUUUGCUCUCUCUCUUGUGUCAUCGCUCACUCACUCACUCACUCUCUCUCUUUCUCUCUUCUUCCCGUUUGGUCUCUGAGAAAAGGAGCGAGAGUGUGAGCCAGCCAACAAAAUCCCCCAAAGAUGAAGAACCGUUCAGCCGUCGUUGUCCUCUCCCUGAUCUGCAUCGUAAUCGCCGGCGUCGGAGGCCAGUCCCCGGCAGCUUCCCCAACUGCCACCCCGGCCCCGCCAACUCCCACCACUCCCACCACCCCCACCGCCUCUCCUCCGGUGGCCGCCACCCCUCCGCCGACAUCCGCCCCGCCUCCUGCCUCCGCCCCUCCUCCGGUCUCCACCGCACCACCGCCGGCCACACCCCCACCAGUCAGCUCCCCGCCGCCGGCCACUCCACCACCCGCAUCUCCCCCCCCGGCUUCCCCUCCCCCAGCCACCCCGCCACCCGUAGCUUCUCCUCCUCCGGCCUCCCCGCCGCCGGCUACUCCCCCUCCGGCCGUUCCGCCGCCGGCUCCCCUCGCUUCUCCGCCUGCCACGGUCCCAGCUCCCGCUCCGGCCACGAAGGUGAAGUCUCCGGCUCCCGCUCCCUCUCCUUUGUCCUCAAGCCCGCCGGCUCCACCCACCGGAGCUCCCGCCCCUAGCCUCGGCGCCACCUCUCCCGGUCCCGCCGGCCCCGGCACUGAUGUGAGCGGAGCGGAGACGGCGAUGGCUGGAGUGACGGCUACGGUACUGGCGUCUUUCUUCUGGUUGUUACUUUAGAGAGAGAGAGAGGAGAGAGAGAGGGUUCUUCCUCCAGAGAGUUAUUUUCCCCCAUUCUUUUUUGUCGUCUCGCUUUGUAUUGCGAUUGUUUGAUUUUUGUUGCUCUUAUUUUGCUGGCGGGGAUAUGGUGAUUGUCGAUUGCUUGUUACUUUAAUACUGUUGGCCUACAGUUUAUGAUGAUGAUGAUUAUUGUUACUACCUUCCUGCAUUUCGAUUAAUCUAUGGUUCUAGAAGUGAGAGAGGGUUCUUCUCGGCGUUUGGUUGUUUGUUUCGGUCUAAUUUUCUAUGCAAAUCGAUCCCCUGGUUAUGAAAUUGUUUGAUCCAAGUUCUGAGAGUUAGUUUGCGAAGGACGAGGUCGUUUUGAGGGGAGAAAUACCAGUUAGUUAUCAGUCAAAAGGCACAAAAUGAUAAUUAAAAAAAAUCAAUUAGACAAGAUUACUAGGAAUUCGUCAAUCUCAUAUAAGACAUAACAAAAUCUACAUAAGUUUGCGCGGUUUUUAUUCCAAAGUAUCAAUGUGAUUACCCCACGAAAGAAGAAGAAGAAAUGCAAGAGAUGAGGAGACGAGCCAUCUUCUAAAGAGUAUUCAAAUCUGAAACCUCAAACUUCCCAAAAUGAGAGCACCCUCCAUUUCUUAUCCAAGCCGUCUUCGAUCUCUUCUGUUCUGGAAGAAAACCCUUGCCUCUCUUCUCAUAAUUGUGCUAAAAAUUGAAAAUAACAGAUCCCUUUCUGUGAAGGCCAAUACUAUGAUGCCGCUACAAAAAGUGCGGCAUGGGUGCCGCAACUUGUGAUUGGUCCACGCAGAUGAUGACAUGGCACUGGUUAAAUGUAUUAAACCUCGUGUCUGACUCUGUAACCACUAACCAUGAACCGGUCGAAUUGCUAUUGGCCAAAGAAACGGAGACGUAUCUGUUUCCGUCUCACAUCUAUGGAUCUUCGUCUUCCUCUCUCUCCUGCUCAGGCGGACUGUCAGUAGCAGUUCCGGCGAACUUGUGUGCCGCUGAUCCAUUCUCCAGUCUCUGUCCUUCGCCUCACUGAUCUCCUUGUAUCUGUACUGUAGUAUCCCUCCAUAUUCUUCCAUUUUAAUCUGUUGGUUGCUCCUUGUUCUUUAUCUUCCUUUACAACGUUUGUGAUGAUGAAGUCCAUGCUCACAGGUUGUAGAUGGAAAUUGGAUUUACUCAGAGCUUUCUAUUAUCAGUCUAUAUAAUUAUUGUCUAUCUCAUCCUCAUUUCUCCCCCUUUUUGCCAAUUAUUUAUUGUGCAGAAUGUGAAGAACAUCAUAUUGUAUGAACUUGAUUUUAGGUCAGGUUCUAGAUAAAGAUUGAUUGACCCGCCAGUAUGCUUGAUGAAUUGAAUUCUUGCCAUCCCUUUAGUACUUCAGCACCGAGGUGCUAUGUGAUCUGAGUUCGUGCAAUUGUGGACUAAACAUACAUAUUCCUUUUAGAAUGCAUUUCAAUUGUCUCGCCGGCCUUUGAGUUGGACCAAGUUUUUAUGUUUUUCUUAAGACUCAUAAAAGAAUCAUAGAGAUUUGUGUUUUAACUUGCACCAUAAUAUUAUUCUCGUAGGUUUAGGAUGGAGCUACCCUUCUGAUGUCUGGAGUGCUGGUUGCAUACUCGUGAACUUAUGCAUGAUUAGUGUCAUUAUGUACAAAUUCAUUUUGAGUUUUGGAUGUUCUUGUAAUUCCACUCUUAAUCACGAAUGGAAGUUAAUUUUAUUUUACUUUUCUUGUUAGUAGGAUGAAGCACUAUUCCAUACACAUGAGAACUUGGAACAUUUAUAAAAUUAUGGAGAGGAUAUUAGGACAUUUACCAGAACACAGUAUUUCUAACGCUAAUUAUGUAUAUUUCCUUACCCUCCCUUUUAUAACAUUCAAUUGAUAUAGCAUCCACGAUUAAAUUGACCAGAAGGAGCAGGGUAUUAUGUAUUUACCAGAACACAUGUUGCUUUGCAGUGGGGCAGCUGAAAAAUAUGUCAGGAGAAGAUUGAAUGGGCUAGAAGGAGCAAUUUCCAGUUAAGAGUAUUGGAGAUGCGAGGAAGCUUGACUACUUGAUGCCCUUUCAAUUCUGCUUGCUGCAUUAGAAUCCUGGAUUAUGGGACUUUAACUAACCUGAGCAUUCUUUGUAUUAAUUCAGGAAAUGGUGUAUUCACACACACAGAGCUCUAGAUUCUUGCUUAUCGAUCUGUUGGGCGGACUGGUCUGUUGAAAUAUGAUCCAUCAGAAUGAAUAAUUGCUAGAAAUGCUCUGGACCAUCCAUUCUUCAGGAAUCCAAUUUGAGAAAAAUAAAACCCCUGUCAGACUCUGAAGAGUCUGUAGCUAGCUAGAUAGCGCCAUGAAUUUGCAUAAGAAUUUCAGUAACACUCAAUCAAAAGUUUUCCACCGGCUUCAAGGUUUUUGGAAGGAGUGAAAACAAAUAUUUGGUUUCUAUCUCAAACAGAUUGAGCCGAAUGAUGCUCCUUCAUUCCGAUUUCAGCCAUCAUCAGUUAUGGCAUAUAAAGUUGGUGUUUCCAAGGUGAAGAAAAUCAAUCUUAUAUCAUAUUGUAAUAUUAUUCCAUAGAGGGAAUUAAGUGCAGACGAAUUAGCAGCUGUUCGGAGAAGAAGAGAGGUGCUUUGAGGAUCGUCAUGAGCUACCGUCGGCCGCAUCUUGCACACCUUGUUUCAUAAGUCUACCAUCCUCAUCACUCUGUUCCUGGACAUUUUAGUGGGCAGAGUGCUUUGAAUAUGGUGAAUUGUGGGUGAGGGUUUCACAGAAAUAAAAAAAAAAGAACUUCAUCGAAAGCAAUUAUGGAAAGAAAAAAAAAAAACAAAUCCAUUGGUUCGGUUGCAAGGGUUGGGUCGGUUGAGCGACAUAUUUUAGGCUCGGUUUCUAUAAAACCAAGAACUGCCACAUCAUUUUCUCAUGCCACGUGGACCAAUAGAAAUUGGUGUCACCGGUGCCGCACUUUUAAUAGCGGUACCAUAGUAUUGGCCUUCUGUGAAAUCAAGUCUUCAAAUUCAUGGGCCUGGGGUUGGACGAGUUCAGGCCUGAGCAAGCCCAUGAUCUUUCAAGUGAGCCCAUGAUCUUCCAAAAUGGUAUUGCUUGAUAGGGUUUGACUGUUGACUGCAUAGAUCGCAGCUUGGGGACCAUGAUCUUGAGAUCACGGACUGACUACAAAAACCAUGAGCUUCCAUCACUAAGACAUUGAAACUCUCUAUUUAUUUUUAGCCAAUUUUUCAUAGAGUGAUGAAACGUAAAAUAUAUGUUUUUAUCACCUUAUUCUAUUAUAUGUUUUGUAUCAUUUUUUCAUAUCUUAGUCGUUUUAACUUCGAUGUAAUGUGAUUGAUAUUUUCUCUUGAGUGCAUUUAGAAGUUUUAGGUGUGUUUGUAUAUAUUUGAUGAGUUUUAUUUUAUAGUAUUUUGUAUGAGCAGCGGACAUCAAGACUCAUGGACUAAAAGUUAGCAAGAAAGCCGCAAGGUCUAACCCAAAUAACGUCCGAUUUUGUAC